AUGGUGGAUGGAAACCGCAGUUCCAUAACUGAAUUUUUCAUUAUGGGCUUUCCGGGACUUCAUCCCAGUUACUAUGGUCUUAUAGGCACUAUUUUAUUCUUUGUCUAUUUCUUCAUUUUACUAGGAAAUGCAAUAUUUUUUUUCCUGUUCCUAACAGAUCGGAAUCUCCACAAACCCAUGUAUUUCAUCAGCUUAAACCUUGCUGUGUCUGAUGUACUGUUCAGCACCACCACUUUACCAAAGAUCAUUGCCAGGUACUGGUUUCACGCAGGAACCAUUUCAUUUAUUGGCUGCUUUGUGCAGAUGUUCUUUGUGCACUAUUUUGGAUCAUUAAAUGCCUUCAUACUACAAAUGAUGGCUCUUGACAGAUACACAGCAAUUUGCUACCCUCUCAGAUACCCUACAAUUAUGACAAAUUCUGUUAUUAUAAUUCUCAGCAUCACUUCAUGGGUAUUAGGACAAGCAUGCUCAAUGAUGAUGGUAAUAAGAGCAUACCCCUUGCCAUACUGCGCUUCCAACACCAUCAUUCAGUGUUACUGUGAUCACAUUUCAAUCACAACACUGGCAUGUACUGACCGGACCCCUUAUGCUUUCCCAGCUUUCGUUUUUGCUAUGGUUGUGUUAUUGGUACCUCUUGCUUUUAUUAUAUUCUCUUACUGUGCCAUCAUUGUAGUAGUACUUCGAAUUGCCACUACACAAGGGCGCCUCAAAACCCUUUCCACAUGCAUUCCUCAGCUAAUCAUAAUAGCGCUCUACUUCUUCCCACGUUGUUUUGUGUAUCUUGCAAGCAAUGUGGGAAUUACAUUCAGUACUGAUUUGCGCAUUGCCACCAUCAUGUUAUACAGUCUGCUCCCCCCCAUGGUCAAUCCACUCAUUUACUGCUUAAGGACUAAAGAAGUAAAAGAAAGUUUGAUCAAAAGGUUCAGGUGA